CGCCUGCGGGCCAAGAGGCGGGGAGCGACGGUCACUCCCCUCUGCUACCCAGAGUACUUGGGAGGGGACGGGGAGCGCCCCGGAAAGCAGGGCCCCCAAGCGAGGAGUGCUUCUUCGCCGCGCAGCUUGAAGUUCUUGAAGUUCCUUGUGGCAGCACCGCCCCGGGGCAGCGGCGUGACCUGGGGCUGCAGGAACCUUGAACUCCUAGCUCAGCGGGCCCGGGUGACCGCGGGCGGGACUCUCCCGCGCGCGGGGGCGGGGCUCCCCCCGGCUUUUCACGCAGCGGCCACAGCGACCUAAGAUGGUGUCCUCUAGGCGUCCCAAGACGGCUUCCUGAGGGACUGGAGGGCCCCGACAGCCGGAGAGCCUGCCACGCUCCUGGGCCGGCGCAGGUAGGAUGGCGGGGAGCCUGAACGUUUCGAACUCCAACGGCCGAAGCACAGCUAAGUACCUCACGGAACUGAACAAAUGUUUGUGGGAGGACGCCGAAAAGGCGGGGAGGCGGGGCUGGCUCGCAGCCACCCUCUCGCGACAUCUAAGUGACGUCGCACAGUAAGCACGUGUUCUAGUCUUUCACCUUCAGUCAGCCUCCUCCUUUAUACGGGCCUACCCCUUUAAGCAAGUGAUGGACAGUUAUUUCAGCCUAUCAACUUCCUUGCGGACAUCCAAUCAGAUUUAAACUUCUUUUAGCCGCCGGAGGAGUUGGGAAAAGGGGGUCGAAAGAGGGAGCUCACCCUCUCUCGCGAUAUCGCUGUGAGGCUGCCUCUGGAAAAAACGCUGAAGCGGAUGGCCCGACCUCCUAAAUAGUGGUUUAAAGGACGGGUUUAUAAGCCAAUGAAAGGGAUGAGGAGGUGGGGUUGCUGCUUUCACCGAGUAAGAAGUACCGUUACAGGGCAGACUUUUCGUCCAAUGAAGACCUCCAGACUUUGGGUCACAUGACCGUAGAGUGCUAGGGGCGGAGCUACAGCCUGGCGCGAGGAACCGUUAAGAUAGACAACAAAUAUAACCAAUGAGAUGCUCUGACUAGGGCUUUGGAAACCCAAUAACAGUGGUUGGGCGGGCGCCUUCCUGGAGCGCGGGGAGAUGUAAAGAUAGACAAAUAAUUUUUCCAAUGAGACUGUAGAAGAGAGAGCCAAUUGGCCAAUGAGGACUGCGGGGCGGGAUUCUGGGCCGCGGCGGAGUCCAAGAUGGCGGCGUGCGGUUCCGCUGUGUGAAACGAGCGCGGGGUGGCGGGUUAAUCACCUCAGCGGAGACGACCUCCGACGACCCGCAACAAUGAAGGGGAAAGAGCGCUCGCCAGUCAAGGCCAAACGCUCCCGUGGUGGUGAGGACUCGACUUCCCGCGGGGAGCGGAGCAAGAAGUUAGGUGGCUCUGGUGGCAGCAACGGGAGCAGCAGCGGAAAGACAGAUAGCGGCGGCGGGUCGCGGCGGAGUCUGCACCUAGACAAGUCCAGCAGCCGAGGUGGCAGCCGCGAGUAUGACACCGGUGGGGGCAGCUCCAGUAGCCGCUUGCAUAGUUAUAGCUCCCCGAGCACCAAAAAUUCCUCAGGCGGGGGCGAGUCGCGCAGCAGCUCCCGGGGUGGAGGCGGGGAGUCACGUUCCUCUGGGGCCGCCUCCUCAGCUCCCGGCAGUGGGGACGGCGGGGAAUACAAGACUCUGAAGAUAAGCGAGUUGGGGUCCCAGCUGAGUGACGAAGCGGUGGAGGACGGCCUGUUUCAUGAGUUCAAACGCUUCGGUGAUGUAAGUGUCAAAAUCAGUCAUCUGUCGGGUUCUGGCAGCGGGGAUGAGCGGGUAGCCUUUGUGAACUUCCGGCGGCCGGAGGACGCGCGGGCGGCCAAGCAUGCCAGAGGCCGCCUGGUGCUGUAUGACCGGCCUCUGAAGAUAGAAGCUGUGUAUGUGAGCCGGCGCCGCAGCCGCUCCCCUUUAGACAAAGAUACUUACCCUCCAUCAGCCAGCGUGGUCGGGGCCUCUGUAGGUGGUCACCGGCACCCUCCUGGAGGGGGUGGAGGCCAGAGAUCCCUUUCCCCUGGUGGCGCAGCUUUGGGAUACAGAGACUACCGGCUGCAGCAGUUGGCUCUUGGCCGCUUGCCCCCUCCACCUCCGCCACCAUUGCCUCGAGAGCUGGAGAGAGAGAGAGACUACCCCUUCUACGAGAGAGUGCGCCCAGCAUACAGUCUUGAGCCAAGGGUGGGAGCUGGAGCAGGUGCUGCUCCUUUCAGAGAAGUGGAUGAGAUUUCACCCGAGGAUGAUCAGCGAGCCAACCGGACGCUUUUCUUGGGCAACCUAGACAUCACUGUCACCGAGAGUGAUUUAAGAAGGGCGUUUGAUCGCUUUGGAGUCAUCACGGAAGUAGAUAUCAAGAGGCCUUCUCGCGGCCAGACUAGUACUUAUGGCUUUCUCAAAUUUGAGAACCUAGAUAUGUCUCACCGGGCCAAAUUAGCAAUGUCUGGCAAAAUUAUAAUUCGGAAUCCUAUCAAAAUUGGUUAUGGUAAAGCUACACCCACCACCCGCCUCUGGGUGGGAGGCCUGGGACCUUGGGUUCCUCUUGCUGCCCUGGCACGAGAGUUUGAUCGAUUUGGCACCAUACGCACCAUAGAUUACCGAAAAGGUGAUAGUUGGGCAUAUAUCCAGUAUGAAAGCCUGGAUGCAGCACAUGCUGCUUGGACCCAUAUGCGGGGCUUCCCACUUGGUGGCCCAGAUCGACGCCUUAGAGUAGACUUUGCCGACACUGAGCAUCGUUACCAGCAGCAAUAUCUGCAGCCUCUGCCCUUGACUCAUUAUGAGCUGGUGACAGAUGCCUUUGGACAUCGGGCACCUGACCCUUUGAGGGGUGCUCGGGAUAGGACACCACCCUUACUGUACAGAGAUCGUGAUAGGGACCUUUAUCCUGACUCUGAUUGGGUGCCACCCCCACCCCCAGUCAGGGAACGCAGCACUCGGACUGCAGUUACUUCUGUGCCUGCUUAUGAGCCACUGGAUAGCCUGGAUCGCAGGCGAGAUGGUUGGUCCUUGGACCGGGACAGAGGUGAUCGAGAUCUGCCUAGCAGCAGAGACCAGCCUAGGAAGCGAAGGCUGCCUGAGGAGAGUGGAGGACGACAUCUGGAUAGGUCUCCUGAAAGUGACCGCCCACGAAAGCGUCACUGCGCUCCUUCUCCUGAUCGCAGUCCAGAAUUGAGCAGUAGUCGGGAUCGUUACAACAGCGACAAUGAUCGAUCUUCCCGUCUUCUUCUCUUGGAAAGGCCUUCUCCAGUCAGAGACAGACGAGGUAGUUUGGAGAAAAGCCAGGGUGACAAGCGAGACCGUAAAAACUCUGCAUCAGCUGAACGAGAUAGGAAGCACCGGACAGCUGCUCCCACUGAGAGAAAAAGCCCUUUGAAAAAAGAAGACCGCUCUGAUGGGAGUGCACCUAGCACCAGCACUGCUUCCUCCAAGCUGAAGUCCCCGUCCCAGAAGCAGGAUGGGGGGACAGCCCCUGCGGCAGCAGCCUCUCCCAAGCUCUGUUUGGCCUGGCAGGGCAUGCUUCUACUGAAGAACAGCAAUUUUCCUUCCAACAUGCAUCUGUUGCAGGGUGACCUCCAAGUGGCUAGUAGUCUUCUUGUGGAGGGUUCAACUGGAGGCAAAGUGGCCCAGCUCAAGAUCACUCAGCGUCUCCGUUUGGACCAGCCCAAGUUGGAUGAAGUAACUCGACGCAUCAAAGUAGCAGGGCCCAAUGGUUAUGCCAUUCUUCUGGCUGUGCCUGGAAGUUCUGACAGCCGGUCCUCCUCUUCCUCAGCUGCAUCAGACACUGCCACUUCUACUCAGAGGCCACUUAGGAACCUUGUGUCCUAUUUAAAGCAAAAGCAGGCAGCCGGGGUGAUCAGCCUCCCUGUGGGGGGCAACAAAGACAAGGAAAACACCGGGGUCCUUCAUGCCUUCCCACCUUGUGAGUUCUCCCAGCAGUUCCUGGAUUCCCCUGCCAAGGCACUGGCCAAAUCUGAAGAAGAUUACCUGGUCAUGAUCAUUGUCCGUGCAAAACUGGUUGAACAGCGGAUGAAGAUAUGGAAUUCAAAGCUCUAAUGGACCUUUUUGAAGAGAAGUUGUGGCUUGUGUGGAGUUUACAUGGGCCUCUGAUGGAAGAAAGCUAAUCUGUUUAAUAUUUGUGCAUUUUACUAAAAUGGCAGCUUAAAGUUGUGUAUCUGCUAUUGUGAUGCCAAUGCCGGUGUUUUAAGUGGAAAAAAAAUGACCUCUUUGCUUUGUGCUGUGUACACAAGAUUUCUGGAAAAGUAAAGAAAAACCCUUUUUAUGGCUCACACAGCUUAAGAGUAGCUGUCUCUCAAACGUGCGCUCACAGUUGAGCUGCUUUUGUUUUAUUCUAAAUAAAUUGUUUCUUUUGAGGAAAA